UUUCAAGAACAUGAAAAGACGACAAAAAGAUCCGCCACAACGAACUAGGGGACGGUCUAGCCAGAAUUCAAUAGAAUGUUAUGCUAGUGAUAUCGAUGAUAUGGAAAGUUUAGAUACAGGAUCUGACGAUGAUAAACACUCAUUCAGCAGCGAACCGAUCGAAUCUUUUUCUGACGAUGCCAACACCAACGAUGAAGAUCCCUUCAAUAACAGUUCCAUAGAAAGCAUACACGACGAUUUCGAUGAUGCAAACGCUACUACCAAUACAAGCACGCGUCAACGUAUCUCAAAACCAUUUAGUGCUUUAGAAGGUUUGGAUUUGUGGCGACCCGAUUCUUCAUCCAAAUUUAAUAACAGCAGUAGUACGAAUGGUGAUCUUAGCUCAGAGGAUGAUGAUGAUGAUGAUAAUGAUGACAGAUACAAUGGUGACACCAGGGAAAGCGAUCAACUGAAGGAUGAAUCAGGAAACACCAUAUUAGGCAACGCUUUGGCUAUCAGAAGAAAUACCAGCACUCCAUCAAUAUCACCUUCAUUCUCUUCCAACGAAAUACUUACCGAUGAUGAUUCAAUCUCCAGGAAUGACAUUGACAGAAAAAUCAAUAAAAAUGAUACCUCAAAACAACAACAACAACAACAACAACAAUCCUCUCAUCCAGCAUUUUCUUUAUAUCAACAAGUACACCGUGAAGAUACCUCUCCAUCCUUUCACGUGCAACAACCUUCGUUUAUUUUUGAUCAUACCACAACCAACGAUACCAAUAACAGGCACCUACCCAUUAAAUCAGAUGGAUUGGCUGCAACAGCAUUACAAUGUAUUGAACAAGAACAAACAGCAUUCCGACAAUGGCGAUCAUCAGUGCUUAUAGAAAUGGCCAAACAUGGAACAGUAGCACAGUCUUGUCAACAAGAUUCAAAAGUACGGUUAUGUCGAUUAUUGGAUUUAUGGAUGGAGCAUGGAUGUUUAUUUGGAUGGUGUGUAGAUCUGACGAUGGACGAACACAGGAUUUUGCUCAAGCAUCAACAAAAAUAUACCUUGGAUUCAGUACAGGACCUUGAUACCAUUGAUGAUGAUGAUGAUUAUUGGCUAGACCGGGAUCUUGGCACGGAAGCAGAGGAGAAGAAGGCAGCUGCAUUUGACCCUUCUUUACCGAGUUAUCAACCAGGAGAAGACGAGCGCCCUUAUCUUUGUAUGUUCUCCAUGACGUUUGUGGAAGCCACCAAUACAACCAUCUCAAACAUGGCAAAAGCGGAUUAUCUUGGUCUUUGGCCACCUUGGACCACCAUUCCCAUUCUGAUCGAUGACGAGGAGUUGUAUGUACAUGUUAUCACCAAAUUUAUGGUAGAUGUAUAGCUAG